CGGGCCCUCCCUCCGGGCCCCGCGGCUCCUCCGCCCGCACGGCCCCGCCGCCCCCUCAGCCCGGCACGGCCCGACCCGACCCUGCGCGCUCAGCGAGCCCGGCGGACGCGUUGCAUCAUCCUUGAGCAUCAAUGAAAGACCAAGUAUGGCUUUCUUCAAGCAACAGAAGGUGGAGGACAUUUAUGAAAUUGGGGAAGAGCUGGGAAGCGGCCAGUUUGCUAUAGUGAAGAAGUGUCGAGAGAAAAGCACAGGGGUGGAAUAUGCUGCCAAGUUCAUCAAGAAGCGCCAGAGCCGGGCCAGCCGGCGCGGGGUGAGCCGGGAGGAGAUCGAGCGCGAGGUCACCAUUCUGCAGCAGAUCCUGCACGCCAACAUCGUCGAGCUGCACGACAUCUAUGAGAACAAGACAGACGUGGUCCUCAUCCUGGAGCUGGUUUCUGGAGGAGAACUUUUUGACUUCCUAGCGCAGAAGGAGUCUUUGAGUGAAGAGGAAGCAACCAGGUUCAUCAAGCAGAUUUUGGAUGGUGUGAAUUACCUUCACUCUAAGAAAAUUGCUCACUUUGAUCUAAAGCCUGAAAACAUUAUGCUUCUAGACAAGAAUAUCCCUAUUCCGCACAUCAAACUUAUUGACUUUGGCCUGGCUCACAAAAUAGAAGAUGGAGUUGAAUUCAAAAAUAUAUUUGGAACUCCAGAAUUCGUAGCUCCAGAAAUCGUAAAUUAUGAACCACUUGGACUAGCUGCAGACAUGUGGAGCAUAGGAGUCAUCACCUACAUACUGCUUAGUGGUGCAUCACCUUUCCUUGGAGAAACUAAACAAGAAACACUUGCCAACAUCACAGCUGUGAAUUACGAUUUUGAUGAAGAAUUUUUCAGCAAUACUAGUGACCUGGCAAAAGACUUUAUUCAGAAACUACUGGUGAAAGAUACACGGAAGCGGCUCACGAUUCAGGAAGCUCUAUCUCAUCCAUGGAUAACGCCCAUGGACAAGCAACAGGCUUUGGUUCGGAAAUCAUCUGUUGUUAACAUGGAAAACUUCAAAAGACAAUAUGCUAGAAGGCGAUGGAAGCUUUCGUACCGCAUUGUUUCACUGUGCAACCAGUUAUCGCGCUCGCUGGUGAAGAGGGUCCUGACACAAGAUGAGAGUUCGAGAAACUGUGAAAGUGACAGUGAGGAUCUUUCACAAAGAAAAGCCCCUCUUCAGAGGAGAAGCAGCAUAUCAUAAUGGGAUGAGAAUUCCACGGGCAAGAGACAGAAAACUUUCAUCCUUGCUGAAGCAAGCAGCCCUGGCAGCAGACUUGGACUUCUUGUCUGAGUCCUUGGUAUGAUGCUUCUUGCCUCACAAACUACCCCAACUGGAUGAUGGUCUUAAAUGCCUACUAAGCAUUUUAGAAAAUUGGGAAUUGAGAUUCCCAGGGAAAUGCUACAGCACAAGCACCAGUUGGAGUGCUUUUAUAUGUUGAGCGUUUCAGUGAUAUUUCAGUGAUACUGAUGUCAACUGCACUCAGGGUGUAGGGUUUCUACUGACAAUCUUUACUGCAGAGUAAUUCACGUUUCACACAGUGGUUAAGACUGUGGGCAUUAUUAUUUCAGUCAGAAAAUUGCUAGCGAGUCAUAAGGAUUUUCUUUAAAUUCAAUUUUUAUAAUUGUUAAUAGCAUAAAUAUUUGAUGGCAGGUAUCUGACAGGUUUUGUUAGCUGUGUGCAGUACUCUGUUAUUGCUGCUACACUGAAAAGAAGAUCACAAUGUCAUUACAUAUCAAAACCUUGAUUUUGUGAACCUGGCAGUAAAUAGUUCUGAAAUGCAACAAGAACUGUGCUCUGGCCAUGGUCUCUGCCUGAGGAUUAGCACAACUCUCAUUGUUAGUGUGAGUGCAACUGACUGUGGCACUGAGGUAGGCCAUGGCAGUUUUUGGAUAAAAAAGAGAAAAAAAUUCUGUAGUGAUUUACAUGCACCCAAAUACAACAUUUUCAUGGAAUGAUGACAGGAUGCCUCACCAAAAAAAGGCAUUUACAAACCUAAAGCAUGUCAAGAAAUAGUCUUUAAUAUUAGACUUUGGUAUUGCUGUCAAUAUUAUUUAUUUUCAGCAAAUUGGAGAUUCUUUAACACUUAUUUGUAUAGGUGCUGUUUACAUGUAACCCAGACUGCAGACAUCUGUAUUUUAUUCAGGGAGUUGUAUCCAAAUUGAGGAAAUAAGCACUUUGAUAUUGAUGUAAUAUCUUUGCACAGGGAAGUUGCAUCAUUUAAAAUGUACUAGUUUCUAAGCCAGUAUUGUUCAAUUGGUACCAAAAAAUGUGCAUAGACUAGGGUAUUUUUUCAUUGAAUGUAUUUGCUGUUAGAAGUUCCUAUUUAUUUUGCCAUUUAAUGAAUUAAAAAUCAGAAAGCAAGUCUAAUAGAAACAACUAUAGAUGGAUGAGGAAACUGAUUUUGUUUGGCUUUACACUUGUCACCUCUAGGCUGAGAUUUUAGAGCAGAAGGUGUUGAAAACUAGUAUCAGGUAAAUUUUGAUAGCUUCUACUUUCUAAGAAAGAAAUAAAAAUAUGCUGCUUUUAUUUGUAAUUUUGUAUCCUUGCUUAGUUGGAGACUAAAAUGCAGUUGAUAAGAAAUUACUUCUUAAGGAAGUGAAAAGAAGGAAAUGUAUGAGAAGCUUUGGAGGAGAGAGGCAGAACAUAGGAUUUGAUGGAAGAAACAUAAAAUGAAGGAGGGGGUGGGAGGAAAAAAGCAGUGGAGAGGAGGAAGUAUGAGAGGGAUGUGGAGCUGAUCCUGGACUGGGAAAGUUGGAGGAAAGGAAAGAGAAUGUGGAUAUAUGAAUUGUGGAAGCUAGAGAGUGAAUGUUUCUGCAAAUAGGCACUGCAUUUUUUAUACUACUUAUUUAAUUUCUUUUUAUUUUAUAUCUUAUGCUGCCUGUGACACGUGCUGGUCAAGGGAUGAGGUGCAGGGCAUGGGGUUCUGUUCAUAUUCAAUUAAAAGGUACAUUUCUGAACUUCCUGUGUAAUUCUUGAGACAGAAUCCUCAAAAAGUGUCGCAGUAAUAUAUGUAUUAAGAGGGAGCAGUAACAGGGAAACCUGAAGUUUCAGUGUGUCCUAAUUUCAGUGGGAAUACAGUUAAUCCUUAGUAGCUGGUACAGUGCUGUGGUUUAGAUUCAGUAUGAGAAUAAUGUUGAUGAUAAUAUGCUGAUGUUUUAGUUGUUGCUAACUAGUGGUUACCGUAAAUCUGGACUUUUCAGUUUCUCAUGCUCUGCUGGUGAGGAGGUGCACAAAAAGCUGGGAGGGACCAUAGCCAGGGACAGCUGACCCAAAAUGGUCAAAGGGAUAUUCCAGCCCAUGGAAUGUCGUGCUCUGUAUGUAAACUGGGGUGAGUUGGCUGGGAGCCACAGGUCACUGCUCAGGGAUGGGCUGGGCAUUGGUCUGUGGGUGGUGAGCAGUUGUGUUGUGCAUCACUUGUCUUUCCUGGGGUUUAUUCCUCUCUUUUCCUUUCCAUUAUUAUUAAUUAUUAUAUUAUUUUUAUUAUAAUAUUUUUCUUUCGUUCAAUUACAAAACUCUUCUUAUCUCAGAGUAACCCUUGAGGUUUGCUUUCCAAUUCUCCUCCCCACCAGGGCCAAGGAAAGGUGAGCGAGGGGCUUUGUGGGGUCUAGUUGCCAACGGGGCUUUAACCAUGGCAGUGUCUGGAGGGAAUCUUUCAUAGACAGAACACUAAAAAUAUAUAUUUGGAUAAAAAACCGCCCAGCUUACCUACCAAAUUUUGCUUUCUGCUUUCCCAAGGAUGUGGAAAACCAAACAGACUCCGAGCCAGUGGUGUUUUUUGGAUUUCUGGACUUUAAAAACACCUUUGGUUUCCAAAUUUGAGAUUGUGGGAUGUGUAUGUAAAUCACACUUCUGAAAAUUAAGCCCUGGUUAAAAUAGGUGUUAGGUUGUUGGAUCAGGAUUGUGCUGUCAUGGAGAUGGGGUUAUUCUCAUGUAAAAUCCUAGCAACUAUUGAGAAAGACUGGACUCAGCAGAAAGGCAGGCAGAGUGCAAGCUCUGGCUGAUUAAUUCUACCUUUAUAAAGAUGUAAGGUGGUGUUUUAACAAAGACAUUACACACAGCUCGCUGUUCAGUCUUCAGUCAUCUUUGUGCCCAGGUGAGCUAAGGCCAGGCCUUUCUGUCUGGCACUCAGUCACUGCACAUGGCUCCCAAGCAACUCCACUGCACAGAAACCACAGCACGCAGCACUCGUGUCCAUACGAACUCUUCCCUGACCGUUCCAGGUAGGAGCAUGCUGUGAGUGUAGAAUCUCUUGUACUCAGGACUAAUGUUGGUGAUGCCUUAGGAAGCUUUACAGUGUUUUCCCAGCUGGGUUUUCUCUGUGUUCAUCGCCCUGUCUGUUCCAUGAGGUGAAGCUCACCCUGCUCAGGGAGGCACAGUGUAACGGAGCUGCUUCCAGCACUGGACACCUGCUCUGUGCAGGGCUCAACAACCUACAGGUUCCUUUCAGUAAAGGGAAAAAAAAAAAAAUAGAACAAAAGAACUACAUGGAAGGAAAGGGAACAUUAAAAGAAUUUGUGUUACAGAAUCUGCUUUCCUGGGUGAAAAAAAUCUAUUUUCUAUGUAUUAUUCUGUUUUGCAUUAGGGAACCUGGAGAGAAAUGAAGUGAUAAUCUGGGAAAAAAAGGAAAAAGCACAGCAAAAAAACCCACAAGAGCCCACGAGUAUUUUUAUUAAAUAUGGCUAUUUAGCUAGUUUUAUUCUUAUUUUAGUGGCAAUGUUUUUUAAUCUACAUAUAUUUUAUAUCAGGAGAAACACUGAUUUUUUUUGUUUGUUUGUUUGUCUGUUUGUUCCUGGAAAUAGUACACACUGUCAAAAAUAGCGGAGACGUUUGUUAUUUGCUAAUAAAAUGUUGGAAAGCUG